AUUCAAAUGUAUCCAUUUUUUGAAUGGUAGCAAAAUUUAUGAAUUAUAAAUCAGUGGAACUGAUUGAUUUAAUGAAAUAGCAAAGACAAUGGGAUAAUUGGCUCGGUCAUCAUUAAACACAAUUUGUUUUUAUGCCAUAUUUAUUAUAUCGAUGAGCUAUCUCUCAACCCUAUAGAUUGUGAAUAAUAAAAUUACCAAAAAUUUCAACAACAGUUAUAAAGUCAAUGUUUACCUUGAAAUCAAUGUCAACAUUUUCCCUUUUUGUUAUGUUCACCAUUACGUUGAACAUUUUUGAUACGAUUUUGGUCUCUGGACAGUUCCGCGGUCAAUUGACUGACAUUUCAGCACCUGAUUGUAUCCAAUCAAAUGGUCGACGAGGUAAAUGUUAUCGCCAGGAAGAGUGUGGACAAUUUUACCGUAAUAAGGUCAGCUUUGAUGUUUGUGAGUUAUCUACGCAAUAUUUGACAGUUUGUUGUGAUGAGUUGCCAUCAUCGAGGUAUAAUGUUUUUCGAGCAGACAAUAGUUGGCUUGGAGAUGGGCCAUUUGCAACUGACUUUGAGUGUGGAAUCAGAAUUGCCAAUAGAGAUAUCUUGGAUGUUAUAAAUGCUCCAGGAGACCCUAACGAUCAGGGGCAAUUGCUUAUUCAAGCUUUGACUUAUUUGGCUGCACGAGAUGGUACUCAUCCAUGGAUGGCUGCUCUUUGGUAUAAAAACAGGCCAAUUUGUGGAGCAACAAUAAUCAAUCGACGAUCUGCUUUAACAUCAGCUCAUUGUUUCACAUUCUCCAGGUAAAUAUCCCAAGUUUUUA